AAAAUGUCCAGAAGAAAAUUGAGAGCAGUGGAAUACGAUCGUGACUAUAUUAAUUUCGAUGACGAUAAUGAGAUUCGCCGUCUAAUCGUCACUGUCGAAGAAGCCCAUCUGAAGUGUCGUGAUCAAAAUUGGUCUGCUCAGAUGCUUGACGAGCAGGAUGUAGCUAAAUGGACUGUGGAGCUUGAAAAAUAUUUUACCGAGUUUGGUGCACCGUCUGGAUGCUCCAGAGCGGCGGCGAUUGACUAUGUCUUGAACGCUGCUGUUCAAAAGAUUUAUGAACAGAAAGGCGGUGACACUGAACUCUGCUCGAGUCGGCUCAGAGAACAAGCUGAAAAAGUGCUCGAAGCACAUCGAGAUUCCCAAAAUCCACUUAACCGACUUGAUUAUUCUUCACCAAAUUUUGCUGAAAAUGCACGUGCUCUGUGCUCAAUUCUCGGCAUUUCUGCUCAUCACCCCGAUCCAAAAGUUCUAAUGAAAGCUGCUUGUUUGUAUAUUGCUGAAAAUUUGGGAGAUGAUGUGAUUGCUGAAGAGACUGAAGAAGUAUUGAAAAAUAAGAAAACUCUAAAUAUCAACGCGUUUCCAAUUGGAAUGCAAGCUCCAAAGAAUGGAGCCGUACAUUUUUCGGCUCGUCUUCUUCGUCUCAUUUGUUUACGACAAUUGCGAGUGGUCUCCAGAAUGAUCAACGAAACUCUUGUGGAAAUUCAAAACUUGACGAUGGACAUGUCAAAGCGAGCUGACUUGAAGCAGGUUCAAUACGGAAGAUAAAUAAAAUCUUUAAUUUUGUUUUUUUUUUCGGGUCUCUGUAGCACGCUGUAAAUUUAUUAAAAUAUUAAUUU